ACCGCGCACAUCGGCAGAGCCACGACUCGGCUCCCCCACUCUUUGCGCGGACGCCCGACACACUGCCGUCGGCAGCCGAUAGCUGGGCGGGGUCUGGGAGCGCGCGAACUGCCGCCGUGUUGAGUCAGGUCGAGUGCGCUUCGCCGUAGUCGCCACCUUAUUUUUCUUAUCCGCACGAUGACUUACUCGGGAUUCUGAAGUGACGGACAACAGCCAUGGAGACGGAAGAGAUAACGAAGCUGGUCGACGGCAUCUACAAGAAUAUCCUAGACAAGUUCAACCCAGGAGCGAGACAGCUGAUUCAGGCUGGAAAGGCAUACCUCAAAGCCCUGCAUGGAGCUGCGGCGGCGUCCCGGCUGUACGUGGACGCCAUCAGCAAGCUGGCCAAGCAGGCACAGCAGGGCACCUGGGGAGCCUCCGCCGAUGUCGGGUCGGCGUUGAUGCAGAUUGUGGACGUCUACAAGGAGACUCACGCGCAACAGAUGAAUAUUUUGAAAGCCUUCUACGUUGACCUCCUCGUCCCCCUGGAAACUAACCUCGAAAAGGACACCAAAGUCGUACAGAGCGAGCAGAAGCGCUUUCUCCAGCAGCACAAGCAGCGGUCGGAGACGUACAGCAAGGCGGCGGCGGCGGUGAAGAAGCAGCGCAAGAAGACGCGCACGAAGCCGCCGUCGGUGGCGCUGGACCGCGAGGUGAAGAGCCUCCAGGCGCUGGAGGAGGAGCGCGCCAAGCUGGACGCCUUCUGCGAGGCCAGCCUCAAGACGGCGAUGACGCAGGAGCGGAGGCGGUACGGGUUCGUGCUGGAGCGCCAGUGCUCGCUGGCGAAGCACUACCUGCUGCACCACACGCAGGGCAAGCAGGCGCUGGAGGAGCGGCUGGACUCGUGGCAGGACGUGGCCCACUCCAGGGAGGCGCUGCCGGAGGGCGUCGAGGCCGUCCUCACCGCCAGGCUCCGACAGGUGAGCUUCUGGCCAGAGGACAGUCCGGGAGGCACGGAGGACGACCGGCUGUCGCUGACGUCACAGCUGCGGAAGACCAAGUCGAUGGACGCAUCGUGCCUCGACAUGCGGUCCAUCGGCGAGGCGGUCAACCACAGCCCCAUGAAGCCGCUCUCAAGGGCCAAGUCCGACUUCAACCUGGCCGCCUCCACGCACUCGCUCGAGCAAGAGCCGGAGCCGCGACCCAAGUCCAUGGCAGUGGCGUCUGGCUGGGACAACCAGCUGGCGCGGGCGCUGUACGCCUACCUCUCCAGCGGCGACAACCAGCUCAGCUUCCUGGAGGGCGACCUCAUCGCCCUCAUAGGUGAACGGAACAAGGGGUGGCAGUUCGGCGAGAACCUGCGCACGCAGUGCACCGGCUGGUUCCCGCUGGCCUACACAGAACUGCUGCUGGACGGCGUCGACAGGUCGCCGACGCACGGGCGUCCUCCGGACGGCCAGAGCGUGAGCAGCGGCGGCAGCGGCAGCAGCGGCGCCGGAUCCUCGUCCGCCAGUGCCACGACGCCAGGCUCGCCCACCGGCAGCUCCGUCAGCGGCGGUGGGGGCGGCGGGGGCGGAAGCGGAGGCGUGGGGGGCGGGCCGCGCAGCCUGCCCCUGCUCACGGGACGCUGCGCGCCGCCCGCACACGCGUCGCUGCCGCCUGCCAGGAGCCGGCCCCCACUGCAGCCGCGGCGCGUGCCGCCGCCCCCGCUGCCGCCCACCUUCCGCAUGGGCGCCACCAACACCAGCAGCCUGCACAGUAGCAACGACAGCGGCUUCAGCAACCCCACCCCGGAGGCCGACUUCUCAGACGACGACAGCGUCAGGAGCAACGUGUUCGCCACGGUGAAGCUGCGGAAAACCAAGACGAACGACCGCUCGGCUCCGCUCAUCCUGUAGGCGGCGCACACAUCCACACACACACCUGCCCUGUUUCUCUUCCUGCCAGCCGCAGAACCGCGGGGCUCCCCCGCGCUGCAUAGCUUCGCUGUUUUCUCCGAGUCCGACCAGCUAUUACGUAGUAUGCGCUAGAACGAGUCCCUCUGUUCCCGUCUGGCUGUACGUGACACCGGCGGGCUGACGUGGAGGGGUUCAGAGGGAAAUAUUUUUAAAUUAGAUUCCUACAAGACACAGGCGACGAAGAACCGUGACGCAAAAGGGUGCAGAGGGAAUAGAAACCAUUUAGGGUUAAAUACAUUGUAAGUGGCUGGAAGUGUUCCAGUUUACAGCUAAGGAAAACUGUUGAAUUGUAAAUUAGCUGUAAAUAAAUAUCCUAAUAAAAGUUUAUCUCAUAUAUAAA